AUUGCAACUUGUUCCAAUCUUCGGAGAUUCAGUUUUCUCGAUAUUCAGAUUGCAACACAGAAUUUUGGUUGCAGGAAUUUUCUUGGUAGGGGAGGUUUUGGAACUGUGUUCAAAGGUUGGGUUGAUGAAAGAGGGGAUUCUGCAGCACCACCUGGAACAAUGAUUCCAGUAGCAGUGAAGACUCUAAACCCUAAUGGAUUUCAAGGUCAUAAGCAAUGGCUUGCUGAAAUUAAAUAUCUGGGUGAACUCUAUCAUCCUAAUCUGGUGAGAUUGGUGGGUUAUUGCAUGGAGGAAGAUAAAAGGGUACUCGUAUACGAAUACAUGAAUCGAGGAAGCUUAGAGAAGUAUCUGUUCCAAAGAGGAAGUGUGCGACUUCCAUGGCAUAUCAGGAUUAAAAUUGCAAUUGAUGCUGCCAAUGGUUUGACAUUUUUGCACGAGGAAGCUGCACGGGCUGUGAUAUUUCGAGAUUUCAAGACAUCCAAUAUCCUUUUGGAUCAGGAAUUCAAUGCAAAACUUUCAGACUUUGGGUUUGCAAAAGAUGCUCCAGUGGGAGAUAAAAAUCACGUGUCUACGGAGAUUAUGGGAACAGAAGGUUACAUAGCCCCUGAGUAUGUGUUGACAGGACACCUUACAUCGAAGAGUGACGUCUAUAGCUUUGGGAUGGUUCUCCUUGAAAUGUUGACAGGAAAAAGAGCUGUGGAUCAAAUGAGGCCUGCAAAAGAGAAAAACUUGGUGGACUGGUUGCGUCCUAGAAUAAGGAGAAGAGAGAAUUUUCAUUACGUGAUGGACCCUAAAUUUGAAGGGCAGUAUCCAAUCAGAGAUGCAUAUAGGGCAAUGAAGUUGGCCGUUCAGUGUCUUCGGCAUGAUCCAAGUGGAAGACCACUGAUGAGUGAAGUGGUUGGUGAGUUGAAGAAUUUGCUGGCUCGUGAUGAUGGCGUGUAUUCUGCUCCCUCAAUUUCACCAUCACCUGUACCAUCUCCUUCACCUUCAAUCCCAGCAACCUCACUUGGGAGAAUCCAUGUCGGUCCUUCCAACCAUGCUGCCGGUGCUGCUAACAAGUAUGGCCUUAGAACUGCUUCAGAACCGAACGUUCCACGGCGUUUUCAGGCCUCACCGGUCGUCCAAGACAGCCCUCUCACUCCACCUUCAUCCUAAGGGUUCAAC